AUGCAAUGCAUUGUGCCCGAGGUCCGGGACGUGACGCGCAUCGAGCGGAUCGGCGCCCACUCCCACAUCCGGGGCCUGGGCCUGGACGAUGCCCUGGAGCCCAGACAGGUCUCGCAGGGCAUGGUGGGCCAGCUGGCCGCCCGCCGCGCCGCCGGCGUCAUCCUGGAGAUGAUCAAGGAGGGGAAGAUCGCGGGCCGGGCCGUCCUCAUCGCCGGCCAGCCGGGCACCGGCAAGACGGCCAUCGCCAUGGGCAUGGCGCAGGCGCUGGGGCUGGACACGCCCUUCACCGCCAUCGCCGGCAGCGAGAUCUUCUCCUUGGAGAUGAGCAAGACAGAGGCGCUGACCCAGGCCUUCCGGCGCUCCAUCGGCGUGCGCAUCAAGGAGGAGACCGAGAUCAUCGAGGGGGAGGUGGUGGAGAUCCAGAUUGACCGCCCGGCCACCGGCACCGGCGCCAAGGUGGGGAAGCUGACGCUGAAGACCACGGAGAUGGAAACCAUCUACGACCUGGGCACCAAGAUGAUCGAGUCACUGACCAAGGAGAAAGUGCAGGCAGGGGACGUCAUCACCAUCGACAAAGCCACCGGGAAGAUCAGCAAACUGGGGCGCUCCUUCACCCGGGCGCGGGACUACGACGCCAUGGGCGCCCAGACUAAGUUUGUGCAGUGCCCGGACGGGGAGCUGCAGAAGCGCAAGGAGGUCGUCCACACGGUGUCGCUGCAUGAGAUCGACGUCAUCAACAGCCGCACGCAGGGCUUCCUGGCCCUCUUCUCAGAACAGGCUCCUCGCGGCACCACAGUUAUUUGGGCAGAAGCUUUCGUGGGCUACCGCCGAUGA